AAUAAUUCAGUAAUCAGUGUCAAGUUUAAUCUGUUCAACUACUUAGUGUGUUAUCUCGUGUGUUAUCUCAGUACAGUCCCAGUAAACAUGAACGAUCUUUUCAACGUCAUGAACAAAGCCCGCUACAGUGGUGUCAACAGUGGUCCAAAAACGGUGCCGACUCUAUUUCAACGAAGUGCCAAAGUAUUCGUCCAUGAGCUGAACCGCAUCGGCAAGCCCGGUGUGCGCAUUCCGGAACUGCAUUCUCUGCCCGCAAUCGCCUUGAGUAGCAUUAUGGGAGAAAUGGCGUGCUACACAUCGGUCAGGAAAACACUACACCAGGAGCUAUCAGAUCCAGUUUUGUUCAUGAGAUUAUUCACAAACGCCAGUGCCGAUCGUUACGUUUUGGAAAACUGUUUGCGCAAGGCAAGCAUGGUGGGAAAACCAGUGUUGCCAGAUGUGGCAAAGAACUGGUGUAAAAUGAUGAACGAAAAGAUUCUGAUGGAUUAUUCAUCACCAAGUAUCAACAGUAUUGUGGAAGCGCUCAAUCUGGGAAAGUACCUGCAUGAUGCUGGAUGGUCUUACCAAAGCAUGCAGGUGCUUGAAAUUGCUUUGCAUAUGACUUCAUUUGUGGAGAAUAGUCAACAUCGCAAAAUUUUAGAGUUCGAGUGCCUCCAAAAACUUCUUCGUGCCGAAGGAAGUGCUCUCCUUAAGGAGAAAGCUGAUGAAACAUGUGCGAGAUUAUUGGCGAUGGUGAGCGACAACACGGAUAGGAAAAUUUUACUAAAAGUGUAUCUGGAAGUGGCAAAUCAUCAUUUUAAGAUUCGUCAGGUUGUCGAUAGUCAUCGCUGGACUAGAAAAGCUAUGGAGCUCAUGAAUGAUUCGACACCGGUUGAGUCCGUUAUUGAGAUCCUUCAGCUGGAAGCACUCAAUCUAUUUUAUACAGAACGCUACGACGAAGCUUAUUUGGUUGUCAGUCAAGCAAUCCAUCGAGCUCGGUCAACAUUUGGACAUCUGCAUCGACGGUACGCGGACACGUUGUACACCUACGGCGUGUGCCUACUGCAAGCCAAUGUAAUCUCCGAUGCGAUUCCGAUAAUGUUGGAACUGCUGGAUGUCAUAAUCAAGCUGUAUGGAGAGCUCACUCCACAUGUUGCAAUCAUUCAGAGUUACUUGGCUUACGGGUUUUACCGUCGAUCGCAAACAACGGGACGCUUCGAUAUGGCCUACGAUCACAUCCAGAAGGCAAUUGUGCUGACGAAGCAAAUCAUGCCGGAACGUAAGCAGCUCAUCGAAAACUUCAGUGAGAUUCAAUCCAUAAUACUCACAGGACGAGAUGAAUCUUUGGCAGCACUCGGCGAGAACAGAGCAGCAAGGUUGAGUGAUUUUCAGAUUUUCACUGUUGCGGAAAUUAAGCAGAGAUGUUUACAAUUUUAGCAAGAAGAUAUCUGAAAAUGCUCAACUAUUUUUGUUUGUUAUUUAAAGAUGAGAAGCUAUUUUUGUAUUUUUAAUAAAUGCCAUUGAAAAAACUGUAAUUUCUUUAAAAUAUUUAAUCCAAACUGAUAUUCCCAUAUGUCCGAUUAUUCAAUGUUUGAACAACUAUCAAUAAAUCAGAUACACUUUUUAAAAAUAAUAUUUUUCACGAUUCAGCCAACUGUCAAAUAAAAUGCGUAUGAGCUU